GGGGGUAGGGCCUGUGGAUAAGAUGGCGGAUGUAGAAGGCGAUGAAACUCGGUCGGCUCUCCCUUCAUCGUCCCGUAACGGCCCGGUGGUCGGUGUGUCUGCGGGCACACCGGGCCAGACUGCAACCACGGUAACGUCCGGUCCACGGACGGUCCGGAUCGUCAAAUCCGAAUCGGGCUACGGUUUUAAUGUUCGCGGUCAAGUUAGCGAAGGAGGACAGCUACGGAGCAUCAACGGGGAACUGUACGCUCCUCUUCAGCAUGUCAGCGCUGUUUUGCCCGGAGGGGCAGCAGACCGAGCCGGGAUAUCUAAGGGUGACCGCAUCCUGGAGGUUAAUGGGGUGAGCGUCGAGGGUGCUACCCAUAAGCAGGUCGUGGACUUGAUCCGCGCUGGAGAGAAGGAGCUGGUUCUGGCGGUUCUGUCUGUGCCGUCCCAGGAGGGUGAUGGGUUGGAAGGCGGAGAGGAUAUCCAACCAAACUAUGACUACAGUGACAAGCAGGCCGUGCCCAUUUCCGUCCCCACAUACAAACAUGUAGAGCAGCAUUCCGAGAGGUUUGUGGUGUACAACGUGUAUAUGUCAGGCAGACAGCUGUGCUCUAAGCGCUACCGGGAGUUUGCCAUCCUACACCAGAACUUGAAGAGGGAGUUUUCCAACUUCAACUUCCCAAAACUUCCUGGCAAAUGGCCCUUCUCUCUUUCUGAACAGCAGCUGGAUGCUCGUCGUAGAGGCCUGGAAGAAUACCUUGAGCGAGUUUGCUCCGUGCGGGUGAUCGGGGAGAGUGACAUCAUGCAGGAGUUUCUCUCUGAAUCAGAUGAGAACUACAAUGGCAUAACAGAUGUAGAGCUGCGAAUAGCCCUGCCAGACAAGACCACCAUCUCCGUCAGAGUCCGCAAGAACAGCACCACAGACCAGGUGUACCAGGCAUUAGUGUUGAAGGUUGGAAUGGACAGUAUUAUGGCCAGCUACUUUGCCCUGUUUGAAGUCAUCAACCACUCAUUUGUGCGGAAGCUGGCACCUAAUGAGUUCCCCCACAAGCUUUAUGUGCAGAACUACACAUCGGCAGUGCCGGGGACGUGUUUGGCACUCCGCAAAUGGUUGUUCAGCUUCCAGGAGGAGGAGUUACUCAGAGACAACCCGCUGGCACUACACUACUGCUUUCACCAGGCACUGGACGAUGUGAAGAAGGGAUUCAUAAAAACAGAGGACAAAUCCUACCAGCUGCAGAAACUGGCAGAGCAGCGCAAGAUGGCCACGUACCUGAGCCUGUUGCGGUCAUGUGAGGGCUACAACGAACUGACAUUCCCCCACUGCCCCUGCGACUCCAGGAGGAAGGGACACGUCAUCACAGCUAUCAGCAUCCAUCACUUCAAGCUGCACGCUUGUACUGAGGAUGGCACACUGGAGAAUCAGGUGAUCGCUUUUGAGUGGGGGGAGAUGCAGCGCUGGGACACUGACGAGGAGGGGAUGGCUUUCUGUUUUGAGUACGCCAGAGGAGAGAAGAAACCUCGCUGGGUCAAGAUCUUCACUCCAUAUUUUAACUACAUGCAUGAGUGCUUUGAGCGGGUCUUUUGUGAGCUGAAGUGGAGGAAACAGGUUGAAGAAGAGGCAUCUGACAAAGACAACAAAAACUGCAGUAACACUGAGUAUCUGCCUCCUCUGGAGACACAGCAGAAGGGAUGGCGCCACCUAGGGGGGGAGAUUGCGACUUCCUAAAACUAUUGGUCUUCACUCCAACUAGAACUGGUCCACUCGCAUCAUCACAGCCACCCCAGAGAGCGCCCAUCGACAAACACAGAACUGAGUGACAGACUGAGGCGAUCCAUGCCCCGAUAACAAACUGGAAUUGACCAAUUUGGGAAAUUGGAAUAGUCACACUUAACCAAACCCAGGGAUACACACAGCAAGAAGAGCAAUGAAGGAAAAUAAACAAAAGCCAACUUUCAUGUCAUUUACUAGAUCUCCAUAGCGUGUCUGUUGUUUUCCUCAAUGCAUUCGCUCCGUGAUGUGGAGCAGGACACAAGCAAAGUCUCGCUAGUGGUUGAGAUGUAACAUGAUGUAUGUGACUGGUCAAGGUUACCACAGCGCUGCGGCAUCAUUUGCGCAAAAGGGAGCACCUUGAUGAAACGCCACUUGAUGAAGGAGCUGACAUCCGGGAUGGGACUGUGACAGUCAGUUCUCCAACACGAUCUGCUCGGUCUAAAGCCUUCAGCUUGGCCCUCCUCUGCUGAACUAGAACUGACACGACGGAGAUGAAGAUAAGAAGGGAGGGAUACAGGAAAAAGGGGGUUUUCACGACCCUUUUCACAGGCAGUGAUACAGAAAGAAAGCAAAAAAUCUUGCUUUACACAGAUGCUGGAUAUUAACAAAAAAAAUUAUGUUUUCUAUUUGUGGGUUCCGAAGUAUUCUGUCUUUGUCAGAAAACACAAGCGAUGCAAAUGUAACUAACUGACAACAUAAGGGGGACAUGUUCAUAAUUAUGUGUAUGUUUAACAAUCUUAUUUCUGAUAAAAUAUAGAUUAAUAUAAGACCUAUAAUUAUUGGUUUCUUGAUCUAACACGAUGAAAUACUAACUGAGUUGCAUUCAAGCGCCAACUAAUCUCCAUGUUUCACCUCGUUUUCUGGUUUAAUCCUAACUACUUCAGAACGACGUCUGUUGGCAGUCAGCCGAUAAUGUCAGUAUCUAUUUAUCCCCUUGGAAAGUGUUAUAUUGUGGUAAUUUCGCAGAUCUUGGAAGUUGAGAGGAAGAGGCGUUCUCUUUCUCAAAUCUGUGCUGGGAUAUCUUGAACAAAAGGUUGUCAGGCUAAAGGGUUGAUGCUUCUGAAAUGUCACACAGUCCCCGUGGGGAAUCUGACUGACAAAUUGCAACCACAAGGAGAAAACAGGAGAGUUUUUAAGAGUACCGUCUGUCUAGCUGCAGUUUUCUGAGCUGGCAGCAGAGAGCAGCAGAGUGUAAGAGAGAUUUAGUUGUAGGUUUUGAGCAGGAAGAGAAAUUGUCUCAGAGCUCCUUAAAGAGUGAUCCCUCGGGCUUUGUAAGUCACCCACCAAAGUAUCACUCUUCUGCAGUAUGUCCAUUAACCACGCCAGGAGGACAGAUGAUGUGUGUGUGUGUGUGUGUGUGUGUGUGUGGGUUAUACAGAGAGUAGAUGGUGCAUGAAGUUGUGUGACUUCGACCUCAGCCAUCAGCAUACAUAGCAAUGCAGGCAGCAUAGCUCACCUACAGAAUACAGGACACAGUAUUAUUUGUGUGUUUAUGCACAUGACAAAAAAUGAUACGACAGUUUUACGGACAUUUCAUUUUUUUCAUACAGAGAAAACAGGGUUAUUUGUGGGUUCAUUUGUCUCAUUUUAAACGAGUAGAGCACAUAUUAGUUCAGUAAAGGUUUACAUCCUGACAGAAAAUGGAGACAUUGUGUGUAAAUGUAUUGAUUUAAAAAAAUGUUUUAACCAAACUGCAAUAGAGGCUAGAAGUUAAUCUCAGCCAAUUCAUUACUGACUGAUCAGUGUGUUGUGCUCGCCGUCAGGCAGCGACAAUAAACCUGAAUCUGAGUGUCAUGUUAGUUCACUUUUCUUAUUUACACAGACUUUUAGAGCACAAGUUCAAGUCUAACUUGAAUUGAUUUUACAGUUGAGCUUAGCUUUCAAUUCAGUACAUUUUAUUUUAUACAUUUCAGUCAGUUACCUUGGAGCACGCUUUUUGUGUGUGUGCUUGUGUGUCCUCUGUGUUUAUAAUUGACAUUGCUGAUAAGCUUUAAGGCUCUGAUUGGAUGUGUCUGAUGAGCUGUCGGCAUGAGAGCCAGCAAAUGAAGAUAGGGUUUUGUAUCCGUAUGACAGUGGAGACGCCAGACAGAUGGAGACAAAUGGGAGGUGUCUCCUAUUGUCUAGCUAACAUUCUCAGCAUGACACACACACACACACACACACACACACACACACACACACACACACACACACACACACACAUCCCUGUCUCCCUUCUCUGUUUUUGCGGUUUGACAAAAUUGCAAACAAAAAGUGCAACGUCACAAGAUAUUUUGCUAUUUGUCAUCCAGUUGUCGUCUCUGUUUCACAACAUCCUAUAGCAAUACAUACCAUACUGUAGUAGCAUAUUGUGUGUUUUACUCGCACACCUCAGAUAGCUGGAUUGAGGAGAGGGAAAAAAGGGUGCAGUGUGCAUUGGAUUGCAGAAUGGUCAUUUUGACAGCCAAAGUAAUAGCCAAUUUGAAGAUGGAUGACAUAAGAAUUGGACGUGCUCAACCAUGACAUGUUUUUGUAUGUUUUUUGUUUAUAAGAUGUGGAUCCAGAGGCAGAUAGAGGUUGUGUGUUUGUGUGUGUGUUGGCUUGUCUGUCCUCUGCUCUUACACUCUCCAGGUUGGUCUCCCAUCAUCACAAAGGGAUGUGGUUGCCGUGGCAGCACCACAUUGGCUCAACACGCUCAGUACAGCCUCUGUUCCUUUUAUUCCCGUCAGCCGACUGACUCACUCCUCCCAAUAAUGUAUUCAAAGCAGUGUUUUUUACUGUUUGAUGUUUGUUCUCUGUCCCUGUGGCCCGUGCUGCUGUGAAUAGGCUUUUAGAAAGCUGCUGUUUUUUUGUUUUGUUUUUUUGUUUUUUGAUUUUAUUUGUGUGUCUCAGUUUGUCUUGUCUGCGCCAGGUGCCAUCUUAUGCUCACUUAGUCUCAGUUACAGGCAGGUGUGUGUACUGUCAGUUGUCGUCCGUUUCAGCCAUCAGUGAGGUAAACGUCAUAGUAACAGUGUUUAGGUGAAAGCCGAGCGAUGACAAGAAUGUUAAGAAGCACGUCUAUUGUAUGGUCGACCCAUGUUUGAUGUUUUUCCGUUUGUCAGUGUACGCUGUGCUGUGUUUGAGAUGCUGGACAGCCUGGACUUGUUAAUGAAUGACUCUUAAUGAAAAAGGAGAAUGAAUUUCACACAGAUGAAACGAAUGUCGGAUUGUACAACAGACGUGGCCGCUGUAGAAUAUAAGAUGAGCAGAUCCGUGUGUGGACGGCAUGUGAGGCUCAGAAAGUUUCUCAUCUAAGUGAUACUGUUGCUAUAGUAACACACCAGUUUCCUGAGUCUCGUGUGUUAAUUAAUGAAUUGAAAGAUUUUCAAUGUUAAUUCUACGGCAUUUCACAAGGCUCUGACUUCAGUGUUUGAAGUGGCGUUUAUGAGGCUGCUCAGUCAGUCUCUGUUUCUUUGACACUGUUGAUUCGGUCAGAGCAGCUACGCUAGUCUCAGCAGCAAUACUUUUGUGUAGACCUGAUUAUUUGUUGACCUCUGGAACGCACAUCCAGCUCUGAGGGCCUUAGCUGUUGGCUUUCCCCCGUGUCAGCUGACAUGUCCUACCAGUGACAAAUACGAAGGGUGGAUGUAAAUGCUGUUUAAAAAAGUGUUAGCCUUUGUGUAAUUAAUUUCUGUUCAUUGCUUUGAAACACACAGGGCUUUUCCAUGGCAAGUAGGCAGUGACAUGAAUUAAUUAAAAACAUAAGCCUUGUUUGUUUGUCUUCUACAUAAACUGUAAA